AAGCUGCCGCUCGGUAUCGUCUUCUCGACGGCCCUUUUCUGCGGGGAGGGGGCGGCGGCCACCGUCCUCUGCCUCUCCUACGGCCACUCCGACGACCGCUUCUGGCUGGCGCUCACCGUCUUCUUCGUGCUCUGCCCCUCCGUCCUGGUCCAGCUCACUCUCAUCUUCGUCCACCGCGACCUCAGCCGCGACCGCCCCCUCGUCCUCCUCAUGCACUUGCUCCAGCUCGGGCCCAUCAUCAGGUGCAUGGAGGCCCUGGUGGUGUACUGCUGGUCGGGGAAGGAGGAGGAGCCCUACGUCACCAUCACCCGCAAGCGGCGGCUGCGGAACGGCUACGAGGUGGAGAUGGAGCAGGAGGUGGGCCACUCGGUCCGCCGGCUGGCCACCCACCGCAACGCCUUCAAGCGCAUGGCUGUCAUCCAGGCCUUCCUGGGCUCCACCCCGCAGCUCACCCUCCAGCUCUACAUCAGCAUCCUGGAGAAGUACGUCCCUGCUGCCCGAGCCGUCCUCAUGGGCAUCUGCCUGGUGUCGGUCACCUACGGAGCGCUCGUCUGCAAUGUCCUGGCCAUCCAGGUCAAGUACGAUGACUACAAGGUCCAGCUGAGGCCGCUGGCCUUCCUCUGCAUUGUGCUGUGGCGCAGCCUGGAGAUCUCCACCCGGGUGGCCGUCCUCGUGCUCUUCAGCACCGUCUUCAAGCACUGGAUCAUCCCCAUCGCCCUGGCCAACCUGCUGGUGGUCUUCUUCUUGCCCUGGGUGCAGUUCUGGCGGAGCGGUACCCACCUGCCCGACAACAUCGAGAAGAACUUCAGCCGGGUGGGCACGGUGGUGGUGCUCUGCGCCUUCACCCUCCUCUACGCCAGCAUCAACAUGUUCUGCUGGUCGGCCGUGCAGCUCAAGCUGGCCGACCGGGACCUCAUCGACAAGUCUCAGAACUGGGGCCGCCUGGCCGUGUACUACGUGGCCCGGCUGGCGGAGAACACUGCCCUGGUCAUCCUCUGGUACUUCUUCAAGACGGACGUCUACGAGAACAUCUGCACCCCGCUGCUGGUGGUGCAGCUGCUCCUGGGCUACUGCCUGGGCAUCUACUUCAUGCUCCUCUUCUUCCAGUACCUCCACCCUUGCCGCCAGCUCUUCCACCACAACGUUUCCGACUUCUUGCACUGCGUCUGCUGCCGCCGGCGCCCACCAGGGACCCCUCUGUGCCUCCAGGCACCCUACGAGCCCGGCGUGAGGCACAGCAUCGUGUGAGGCAGGGCCAGCACCCGGCUUCUCCAGCCGGCUACGGACAUGGGGACAGGCUGUGCCAGCAGCCGGAGGGGGCUUGUGGCCCUGUGGUGGCAGUGGGCCUCAGGGCAUCCCCAUGGUGGCAGUGGGCCUCAGGGCAUUCCCAUGGUGCCAGGGGGGACAAGAGUGUGCCCACCUGCCCAGGACCACGCGCAUGGACACGAAGGACUUACGUGGUGCCCAAACCAGCUGGCAGAGCAAGCCAGCUCCUGUGGGGUGCACAGCCCCUGUGGGGUGCCCCAACACCCCCAACCACCCAACAGUGUGCCACGGGUGCCAGCGGGACUGUUUUAAGCAGUAAAGAAACUUUGCUGUG